AUGCUCGCCCUGGAGGCUGCACAGCUCGACGGGCCACACUUCAGCUGUCUGCAGUACCCAGAUGGCAUUUUCUACGACUUGGACAGCUGUAAGCACUCCGGCUACCCUGAAUCAGAGGGGGCUCCUGACUCCCUGUGGGGCUGGACGGAGGUCCCGGCGGCGCCCCCUGCCUCCUAUGAAGCCUUGGACCCCGCCACGGCCAUCUUCAGCCACCCCCAGGACGCCCCGCUCUGCUACGGGCCCGCCCCCACCUACAGCCCCGCCGGCGGGCUCACCCCGGCCGCCAGCCUGGAGGCCCCGGGGCCCGGCUUCCCGGCGUACCCCACCGAGGACUUCGCCUGCCAGGCCCUGGGCACCCCGGCGUACGCCCCGUACCCCAGCCCCGUGCUGUCGGAAGAGGAGGACCUGUUGCUGGACAACCCCGCCCUGGAGGUCUCGGACAGCGAGUCGGACGAGGCCCUCGUGGCUGGCCCCGAGGGGAGGGCAUCCGAGGCGGGGGCCCGCAAGAAGCUGCGCCUGUACCAGUUCCUGCUGGGGCUGCUGACCCGCGGCGACAUGCGAGAGUGCGUGUGGUGGGUGGAGCCGGGCGCCGGCGUCUUCCAGUUCUCGUCCAAGCACAAGGAGCUGCUGGCGCGCCGCUGGGGCCAGCAGAAGGGCAACCGCAAGCGCAUGACCUACCAGAAGCUGGCCCGCGCGCUGCGCAACUACGCCAAGACCGGCGAGAUCCGCAAGGUCAAGCGCAAGCUCACCUACCAGUUUGACAUGGCGCUGCUGCCGGCCGCCUGCCGGGCCUGA